UGUAAAAACAGAAAGAAAUCCAGAUUGCAAGAGAAGCGUCGCAUCAUUUCAUUGCACUCAUUCACCGCACAUGUCCGGCAAGGGCCGAAAGAAAAUUAAAACGGCGUUUCGAUAACUGCCACAAAAAAGUACAAAUAAAAUAAGAAAAAGAAAACCAACAUACAUCAGUCACUAGUGUGUGAAAAGCGACACAACACAACAUAAGCUUUAUUCUUUUUUCUUCGCUUCUUCUGUACAGCACCCAAGAUUGAAGAUGAUAGACCUUGCGCGCGUGCAGAAGGAGCUCGUGGAAUGCAGCAAGGACGCGGAGGGAUCGGGCAUCAAAGUCUGCCCCAAAAGCGACAACCUUGUUCUCUUGAUCGGCACCAUUCCUGGCCCUGUCGGAACUCCUUAUGAAGGGGGCAUUUUCCAGAUUGAUAUCACAUUGCCAGAUGGGUACCCGUUUGAACCCCCCAAGAUGAAGUUUAAAACCAAAGUUUGGCAUCCUAAUAUCAGCAGCCAAAGUGGAGCUAUUUGCCUGGAUAUCUUGAAGGACCAGUGGAGCCCAGCACUCACUCUGAAGACUGCACUUCUUUCUGUGCAAGCACUUCUCUCUGCUCCACAGCCUGAUGAUCCUCAAGAUGCCGUGGUGGCACAGCAGUAUCUGAAAGACUAUCAGACAUUUGUUAACACUGCUCGCUACUGGACAGAAAGUUUUGCCAAGGAAUCGUCUCGCGGGAUUGAAGACAAGGUACAGAAACUCGUUGAGAUGGGAUUUCCAGAAGCUCAAGUAAGGAGCAUUUUGGAAGCUGUUGGUGGUGAUGAAAACUUGGCUCUUGAAAGGUUGCUGUAGAUCAUGGUCAAGUUUAGGAUGACAUGUCUCCAUAAUAUGAUGGAACCAUAUAGACAAAAAGUUUAAAUUGAAUAUAGAGUCAUAUAAAUCUACUUGGCACAUCGUAUAGUCCUUUUGUUUUACUCUGCCUUCUUUUUCUCCUUGGAUACUACGGUACUCGACUAUUUCCUAGUGAUUAUAUCCGUUAUGAAAUUAAAUACCUUAUUGCCAAGGUUUCUGCAAUUCUGCUUCAUGGAUGAAUUAUUUAGUUACUGCGUU